CAAAAAAAAAAACAAACAUGGAGUCCGUUGUGGAUAAGUUAGAAGCUCUUGUGCAGAAAGCAGAAUCAGAUCUUAACUAUGUCUCUUUACGGUUGGAUUCUCAGUUUUCUCGACAGUUUUCGACAAACGGCCAGCAUCAACUCAAUCCAAUCAAGCUUCUAGAAAGAAUACGUAAAGCAAAGGAGGAAUUAAAAGCUCUUAGUAUGGAAGCCACAGAAAUCCACUCCCAGCAAAAGGAGGUAGAGAGUUCACUAGUAGGAUGCCUUGUACCAUCACAACAUCUUCUACAACACUUACAACAUCAAACAGGAACUAAGGUUUCGGAGAAGACAACAGAAGAAGAAUUUGUGGUGCAACAAUGGAAGGAAUCAAGUGAUUACUCUGAAAGAAGUCUUCAAAAUUGUGAACAUCACCCAAAAUAUGUUAAGGAAGACAUGGAACAGGAUAAAGAGAAUUUAGAAUUUAGUUCUAAUCUUUCAAUCGCUGAUGCAGAUUCCGAGCAAGAAAAGCCUAUAUCAAGAAAGUCCCUGAAGAAAUUUUUAGCCAUUACAGAAGACGAGUUUCAUAAUGUGUCAACACUGGUGAAAGGAAGAGUAAAACUUGAUGCUGUCAAUAAGGUCCAUGAAGCCCUUUUCAAUUAUUUCAAGACAAAUAAGAAAAGCUCUCCAUUGACUGUGUCGGAUAUGAUGGAGAUGGGUCUUAAGAUCACAGGAGCAACUGGACAAGCUAAACUCAAGGUGCUAAGAUCUUUGAAGAUUAUACAAAUCACAAACAAAGGAGCUGUCAAGUGGCAAAGUUGAUUUUUUGUUGGAUUUUUUAAUGUUAACUUUCUUUACAAUAAAAUAUUGAUUACUUAAUAGUAAAUAAAAUUAAUUAAUAAUUAAUUAGCAAAUGAAAUGCACCCUGUCAGAAACCUUCAUUAUUAGAUUGCAUGGCCAGCCCUGGGGGAAUUGGUGCCUGGGAAGUGAAUUCAGCCAUCCAGGGCCAACUACACAGGCUAAUAGAUUGGUGCUUUGCUUAAUUCUCGUGAACCCAUGUCUGCUCUCCAAAGCUUUUUAAAUAAAUAUCAAACCUUUUU